UUAGCCACCCAGCCCUGCCUUAAGGAGAACUGCAUCCAGGAAAUUGGCUGGCACGUUGGAGACUGGGGCCUGUGUUCGAAGAGCUGCAAUUCAGGCAUCCGGACACGCCAAGUCAUCUGCGCUGACGGCGACUCCAAAUUCUACAGUCCUGAGACAUGCAAAGCCAUCCAGCCACAGAAACCAGCCACCGUUGGGGGCUGCACCGUGCAGCCCUGCUCCCUGCCACAGCAGGUCCCCAGUAUGCAGGACACUAUGGGAUACGACGUCACUCGCCAGUCCUUGCUGAUGCGUUACAACCCAAACAGCCCUGCCACAGAUUCUGGUGAUGAAAGGAUGCUCUCUGGGAGCUCCAUGAUCCAUAGUACGUCUGGGAAUCACCACAUCCCAUCCACCAAGGACCGUGGCAUCAACUUGUUGCCUGUUCGCUGGGAAUCCCAGUCACGCUCAUCGAGUUCCCAUCAGCUCAGCUCCUCUCAGGACCCCACUGCAGGGACUGGCUCUCAGGACUGUCAUCGGAGCCCCUAUGGCUGCUGUCCGGAUGGGCACACUCUGGCUUCAGGCCCCUUGGGGAGAGGUUGCCUCUUCAGCACCUGCCACCAAAACAGGUAUGGAUGCUGUCCUGAUGGAGUAUCGGUUGCCCAGGGUCCAAACAACAUGGGAUGCCCACAAUAUUACCGUGAUAUUCAAGUGAGCAGAAAUCAGCCCACUGCGGCCGCUCCAACAGCAAGCCAAGCCUUGUCCCAGCAGCACCCCUCGGGCGAGUGCCGCAGUUCCGUAUACGGCUGUUGUUUUGACAAUGUCGCUUCAGCUUCAGGUCCUCAAGGGGAAGGAUGUCUCAAUAGGCCCAACUACCCAUAUCCUGUCAUAUGCCUGCUGCCCAGUGCCCACGGCCCCUGCAUGAACUGGACCACUCGCUGGUACUUUGUGACUGUCGUUGGCAAGUGCAACCGGUUUUGGUACGGCGGCUGCCAUGGCAAUAAAAACAGCUUUGCUUCGGAGGAGGAGUGCAUGAGAGCGUGCCACAACUCUGAGGGGCUCAGUCCUCUGGAGCAUCAGCCCUCUUCUGGCACAGGAACCUUGCAACACCAGCACACUGGCUCCCGCUCUCGUACAGGGGAUGCUCGGGGUCAGCAGCAGCCACCCCUGAGAGAGUCUGCAAGUCACAGCCAAGAAGGAAGAGCCUAUGGGGCUUCACACCCCACACAAGACAGCCGCAGACAGGACAGCUGGAGAAGUGAGGUGCUGCCAGAGUCUUUGCCAAGGACUGGUGUGCUGGAGAGCCAGCGCUGGAGCACCCAGCAAAGCAGAGCAGACAGCCUGAGCCAGCUGCACUUGUGGGAAACAGCAGUGCCUGGCCUCUCAGAGAGGCAGAGUAGCAGUGGCCAGCAGAUGCUGCCCCAUGAAGGCAAGCAGUGGCAUAAGGCUUUCGGAGCAGAUGUUUCCAUGACGGAGGGAUUUGGGCACCAGACAGCUGCAGACCUGUUCCCAACACGGGCUCUGCACAGACCCAUCCUGGAGGAAGCCAAGCCCUCUCUUGUGACAGCAGUCGUGGGACAAAACAUCCAGCUGGUCUGCAAGACGGGCACGUCCCCCUCCUCCAGAGUGGAGUGGAUGAAGGAUGGCCAACCAGUCUCCUCUAACAGGCACACCUACCAGUCCGACAGCUCCUUAGUGAUCAGCCACGUCAAGCUGGAGGAUGCCGGGACUUACACGUGCCUCAUUUCUGAUGGGAGGACAGAGAGCCGACAGAUUCAGUUACAGAUCAUAGAGUACCAGAGCACUGUUCUGGCAGAGGGUGAGAGAGGUUGGGUCCUUCACAAGGAAAAUCAGCAGCAUCGAGAGCUAUCCAGAGGCAGGAAGGUUGUACAAGCUGCUGGUUCCUCUGUGCAUCAGCAGUUCGUAUACAGAUUGAGAAUGGAUAAGAGUGAGCCCUCAGUAGUGGAGGCCAGUGUUGGGGAGAGAGUCAGACUGCCCUGCACAGUGGAAGCAUCGCCGUCUCUCACCAUUGAGUGGCAGAAAGAUGGGCAGCCCCUCUCCUCUCCCAGACACAGGCAGCAGUCAGACGGGGCCCUGGUGAUCAGCCGGGUCAGCUCUGAAGACGUUGGCUUCUUUACCUGCAUUGCCUCGAAUGGACGUGACCAGGACCAGCGCCAGAUCCUGUUCCGACCUCUAGGAGAGCUGAGGAUCACUGGUCUUCUGCCAAGCAUCACGGUACCUGAGGGAGGGACUGCUCAGCUUCACUGUACAGUGACUGGCAACAAUGUGAAUAUAAGGUGGUCAAGGAACGGAGUCCCUAUGCGGGCAGAUGGCCGCCACAUCCACCUGUCCCAGGAUGGAAGACUGAUCAUAAGCAACGUUCAAGAGGCCGAUGAGGGAUCCUACACGUGCAGCGCCUACAGCAGCAGCAACUCCGUCAGUGCCAGCACGGAGGUGAAAGUGCUGAAGAGCAGGCCUAGCACUCCUGUGAAUCAUGUUGUGGACCUGAGCAGAGAGUGCGUGGACCAGCCACACCUCGCCAACUGUGACCUGAUCCUGCAGGCCCAGCUCUGCAGUAAUGAAUACUACUCCAGCUUCUGCUGUGCUAGCUGCUCUCGCUACCGACUGCAGGCCAGCCCUCCUCGUCACCGCGGGUGACAGACACCUCCAUGGCCACAUGAAAGUACAGGUGACCGAUUACAAGACUGGCAGUCUGAACUCUGUCCUUUUACUGCAUGAAACUGUUCUGGGAGCUCUGCCCUGCUGGAAAGCUCAAGAGGGUGAAUUGAACAGAGUGUAGUGGGCAUAACUGUUCAAAGG